GUUCCCGAGACCGACGAUCCAUCUGCACCAUCUCUGUCGAUUCGUAUGAUACUCCUGGGCACUAUCUUUGCUGUUUUGCUGGGCUUGAUGAACGGAAUUUUCUCUUUCCGUACCAACUCGUUUUACAUCAGUAGCAAUAUUGCCGCCAUUCUUUCAUACCCGAUGGGUAUAUUUUUGGCUGCUGUUCUUCCUCGUGGUAUUCUUAAUCCUGGUCCUUUCACCAUCAAGGAGCACGUUCUUGUAUAUAUGAUUGCUGGUGCUGCUGGUGGUCAACCUUACGGUGUUGAAAACGUCAUUGGUCAAAAGUUUGACAAGUUUAUGGGUGAUACCAGAAUUACGUUUUGGAAUUCGAUUCUGUUUGUCAUUACCACUCAAAUGAUCGGAUAUGGUCUGUCGGGUAUGACUCGUCGCUUCCUUGUUCGACCUGCUGCCAUGUACUGGCCCACUGUGCUAUCUACCGUCGCUCUGUUUGUAUCGUUCCAUGAAACCGAAGAAUCAGAAGAGUCCAAGAAAGUCGGCGGCCUGUCACGAUUUUCUUUCUUUUGGCUUGCUUUUUGUGUCAUGUUCAUUUACCAGUGGAUCCCCACUUUCUUUGCCACCGCUCUUCAAGCUCUUUCGGUAAUUUGCAUGUUUACUCAUGCCAGUAAAACAGCGCGCUUCCUUGGAUCCGCAUCGCCCAACACUGGUGUUGGCAUUCUUUCGUUUUCACUUGACUGGUCCAAUAUUGGUUCGGGUGUCAUUUCUAUCCCCUGGUGGGUGAUUGUCAACUCGGUGUUCUCCAACAUUGUCGUCUUGUGGAUCAUCGUGCCUAUUACAUACUAUCGCAAUACAUUUGGUAAUCCCACUCUUGCCCACGUGUACACGUUUGAGGAUGGUACUCCCUUCCCCAUUCUCAACACUCCUGCUCUAUUCACUAAAACCGGCGCUCGUAUUCGUGCUACUAGCUUCUAUGACAGAAACAACUUUGAGCUCAACGAGACUGCGUAUGAUCUUGUCAAGCCUAUCUAUCUUACUGAGAUGUUUGCAGUCAGCUACUCCAUGUCUUUCUUUGCACUUACGUGCGGUAUAUCUCAUGUUGCUCUUUGGUACUAUAAGGAUAUUAUACGUCAAACCAAGGAGAUGUUUAAUCAGGUUGACGAAGCUCAUGCUGACAUCCACAAUGAGUUGAUGAAGGCUUACCCCGAUAUUCCUGAAUGGAUGUAUAUGUCAUGGCUAGCUUUCUGGCUUGUUGUCAUGUUGUUUGUUGGUAUUUUUACACCUUUCCAUUUGCCGUGGUGGGGUACUCUUUUCGGUCUUGUUCUCGCGUUCAUCUUUUUGAUUCCGUAUGGUAUCAUUCAAGGUUCAUCUGGACAGCAGCUUGGCCUCAAUAUCAUCACUGAAUUGCUCAUGGGUCUGUUUAUUCCUGGACAAACGGUCGCUGUCAUGACAUUCAAGUCAUACUCGUACAAUAUCAUGAUCCAAGCAUUGUCCUUGACAUAUGACUUGAAAGUAGGACAUUAUUUACACAUCAAUCCUGUCCACAUGGUCAUUUCACAGUUAUGGGGAACAAUUAUUGGUGCGUUUUCCAACACUGCAGCCGUAUGGAUUGCGAUUGAUUAUUUCCCACUUGGCAACGAAGAUUGGUCGUAUCCCGGACAUACCACCUUUUUCAAUGCCGGUGCUAUUUGGGGUGCUAUUGGACCUGGAAAGUUUUUUGGAGCGUCGUCACCAUACUUUUCACUCAAUCUAGGCUAUCUUUUUGGUGCUAUUCUUCCCAUUCUGCCAUGGCUUGCCAACAAGGGAUAUCCCCAUCCAUACUGGCGAUUUGUCCACUUUCCCAUCAUGGCAGGUAUUGCUGGAGCAGGUGGUAUCCAGUCAUCUCUUUUGUCCAGUUUAAUCAUAUCCUUCACUUUCAUGUGCUACCUGUUCACAUACAGCCGACCUUGGUGGACAAAGUAUAAUUACGUGUUGGCAUCUGCUCUUGACUCUGGAUCAGGUGUAGGAGUUUUGCUGUCGACUUUGGUUGCCAUGAAAGUCAUUAUUCCUCCCUCUGCUGCCAAUCCACCAUUGUUUGAUUUCUACUGCACCGGAUCCAACUGGGACUCGGAGCAGUUCCUGUGAUUUUAUACUCUUAUCGUAUACUUGUUUGCAAUUAUGUUUUUCUUUGUGCUGUAAGAAAAUAAAAUAUCAUGUUG